AUUCUCUCAAUAAUUUAUUAAUCUCUCUCUCAACUCUACACAAAUAUCUGCUAUGUAUAAAUAAACUCUCUCUUUCUUACGUUCUCAUAAAUAUUUGUAUUAAAAAAAAAAGGUCUAAAAGAAGAGGAUUAUUUAUUUUUAUUAUGAAGGAGGAGAAAAACUUGUUGUGAGAAAAGAAAAAUUCAUUCAUUUUCUUCUUGUUUAUCAUCAUUAUUAAUGGCUUCUUUUCAUAAUCAUAAUCAUCUAUCACAUGAAAUGGCUUUACAACAUCAACAAUACUCAUCAGCAGAAGAACAUGUAGUAGUAGGAGGUGGAGCAACAUCAACAGUAUUAAGAAGUAUAAAUAUACCAGAACAACAUCAUCAUAAUCAUCAUCAACAUCAUCAUCAAUCUUCACCAAGACAUACAAGCAGAGAUCAUAAAGAUAUUCAACGGUUGAUGAUUGAGACUGGAGGUGGAGGAGGAGGACCGAAAUCUCAGCAACAAGGAGGGCCGAAUUGGUUGAGUAAUGCAAUUUUGAGGCAGCAGAAUAAUAAUAAUAAUAGCAGUAGUAGUAACAGUAAUACUACUAAUAAUAAUAAUCAGCAGCAGUAUGGUGAUGGAAGUUUUUUACAUUUACAGACAACAAAUAAUAAUAAUAAUACGGAUUCUAGUAAUAAUUCUCCUGUUGGUGUAACUGGUUCGAAUCAAUGGUUACCGAGAUCAAUAUUGCAAAGAAAUACAAGUGAUGUUGGUGGUGGUGUUGUUGGAGUAGAUUCUGUACCUGUUGUUUCCGGUGAUUCCAUGAUGGCUGGAACAGAUUUGAUGAAUAGAAAUGAUAAUAGUGGAACAGAUUUAGCAGCUGAGAGUGAAACUGGAGGUGGCGGUGUUGGUGGUGGAGAUGUUGGAGGAGGAGGUGGUGGUUUAGGAGUUUCGUCUAUAGGAAGUUGGCAAACAGCAAGAUAUAAAGCAGAUAUAUUAGGUCAUCCUUUGUAUGAUCAAUUGUUAUCUGCACAUGUAGCUUGUUUACGCAUUGCAACACCAGUAGAUCAAUUGCCGAGAAUUGAUGCUCAACUUGCACAAUCUCAACAUGUUGUUGCUAAGUAUUCUGUACUUGGCGGUGCUGCUGCCGCUGCUGGUGGUGCUACUGCUGGUGAUGAUAAAGAACUUGAUCAGUUCAUGACGCAUUAUGUUCUUUUGCUCUGUUCCUUUAAAGAGCAACUGCAACAGCAUGUUCGUGUUCAUGCAAUGGAAGCUGUAAUGGCGUGCUGGCAGCUUGAGCAAUCUCUCCAAAGCUUAACAGGUGUCUCUCCAGGUGAAGGAACUGGUGCAACAAUGUCGGAUGAUGAUGACGACCAGGCCGACAGUGAUACCCAUUUAUUUGAUGGAAGUCUAGACGGUGCAGACAACAUGGGCUUUGGUCCUCUUAUCCCCACAGAGAGUGAGAGAUCCUUGAUGGAACGUGUUAGGCAAGAGCUAAAACAUGAGCUAAAACAGGGAUACAAGGAGAAAAUUGUGGACAUAAGAGAGGAGAUUCUGCGUAAAAGGAGAGCAGGAAAACUCCCCGGAGACACCACCUCUCUCUUAAAGGCUUGGUGGCAGUCACAUUCCAAGUGGCCGUAUCCAACAGAGGAAGACAAGGCAAGGCUGGUCCAAGAAACAGGUUUGCAGUUGAAGCAGAUUAAUAAUUGGUUUAUCAAUCAAAGGAAGAGGAAUUGGCACAACAACCCUUCAUCCUCUACUGUUCUAAAAGGCAACAAACGGAAGAGAAGUAAUGCAGGUGAAAACAGUUCUGGUGACCACUUCAUGUAGUUGAUAUUCCACAGUCAAACGUCUCAACAAUCAAUUUACCUGGUACGGUAAAAAAUCUAGCCAGCAAAAAUCUCAAACACACAAGCUGGUGACAUUUUGGAGGGUCUAAUUGGAAAUCCAUUUACCUUGCUUCGAUUGAAAAUCGGAAGUACGAAAAAGUAUACUAGUUAAUAUUUUGGAAGUGAUUAUUCGAAGGAAGAUCAGUGCCAUCGACAUGUAUGACUGAAAAACAAACAAUAUUUAUAGGAUGUACUUAAGCCGUUCUAGUUUCGGAAAUAGGUUCUCUUUUGUCUCUCAUAUAUCAAGUUUAUGAGAAGAUUUUCAAGUUUUCUCAUAUAUAUUAUUACUGUGUAUAAGAAGAUUUUAUCAUAGUUGUUUAUGUACAAUGUAAUAAUCUUUUAAUCUU